CGAGAGCGCCCUUUGUCUACCGACCACCUGGUCGUCAGUUGUGCGUCUCCUACAGAGCCAUAACCAAACAUAUACGUGGCGUGUAUUGGUACUUUCUUUCGUUGUCCACUAGUACGCGUCUAAUACUGGUUAUUUUUCUUCAUCGAGUGGUAGUGUUUUGAUUUAUUUGAAAUAUUUAUAUUCUUUUAUAGUGUAACGAGGUGUAUUUAAUUUUAAUGGUAAAGUUCUUUUUUUUUAUCGGAAUGGAAUAUCGUGGCGACCCAAACUUAGUGACAGGUGUACGGAAUGCAUCAUUUUCAAGUGCAUUGUCUGAUGACAUAGAUAGUGACUAUGACGAUAUACUGAUAAAUAAUAUUUGUGAAGUUGAACUAAGUGAUAGUAGUGACAAUGAUGACGACCUGCAAACUCCCCGGACAGUAGCUUCAGAGCAAACAGACAACCAACAACCAGUUUCUACUAAUCAAACAACACAAGGUACUGUAAACCCACAAGUGAGUGACUCUGAUUGGAAGGAUGUCACUAAUAAUGACCCUGGACCAACCAAUACAAUUCCUAUUUACAACAUAAAUAAUGGGCCUAACCUACCUACACAUUUUGAUGCUGAAACUGAACCGAUUGAUUAUUUUUAUUUGUUUUUCAAUGAAGAUAUAAUAAAUCAUAUAUGUACAGAGACAAAUAAGUAUGCUAAUAAUCGAUUGUCAAAUGCACACUCUCCACAUGCCCGCAUAAACAAGUGGAAAGAUGUGACAUCGGUUGAAAUGAAAGCUUUUCUUGGGACGGUCAUUAAUAUGGGACUUAUUCCACUACCAUCACUCGAGUCAUACUUCACAACAGCGUGGGAAGGACGUAUUCCAUUUUUUAGUGAUGUUUUUUCAAAAAAUGAGUUUUUGAACAUUUUUUGGAAUUUGCACUUUAACCACAAUCCAAAUCCAAAUGUUACAGUUACAGAGAGAUUUUUUAUUGCUCCAAUUCUAAAACAUGUAAAACAAAUGAGCAAAUUGUUCUAUACUCCAGGCAACAAAAUUGCUAUUGACGAAAGCACCAUAUCCUUCAAAGGAAAGGUAAGCUUCCGUGUUUACAAUCCAAUGAAACCCAAAAAAUUUGGAUUGAAGGUAUUUGUUGUCUGUGAUAGUAGCAAUGGCUAUCUAUAUGAUUUUAUGCCUUACUACGGAAAAGGGAAUAUUAUUCCAAACUCAAAUUUACUAAAAAGAACACAGAUUGUAAAGGUAUUGAGUGAGUCAGUGGUGUAUAAAAAUCAAAACUCUCCAAUAACUGGCCUACAGGUGUACACUGACCGCUAUUUUACGAGCCCAGAAUUAGCAAAAGAGUUAUUGAAAAUUGGAUGUUAUCUCACAGGAACUGUUAUGACCUGCAGAACUGGAAUGCCUCCUGGACUAAAAUCUAAAGGAAAAAAAAUGAAGAAGGGGGACCUUUAUGCGCAAAGAAAAGAUUCAACUUUGAUUGUAUCCUGGAAGGAUAAGCGAGCUGUGCACAUGCUGAGCACACUCAGUAAAGGAAGCAGUAAUGAAAUGACCAGUGUACCAAGCAGAUGGCCAAACAAGCCACCUACUGACAAACCAAAUGUGGUAUUAGACUACAUACAGCAUAUGGGAGGAGUUGAACGAAGUGACCACUUUGUGGCUUCUUAUCUAUUUAUGAGAAGAACGAAGAAGUGGUAUAGAAAACUAUUUUUUUGGCUAUUUGAGGUUAGCAUAAUAAACACUUAUUUGCUUUAUAAGAUGACACAGGAAAAGCACCACAAAAAGCCAAUGAGCCACAGACUUUUCAAACUGGCCUUGGUGAAAGCUCUUGUUGCUGACAAGAUUGCUUGUCGACCGAAAACAAGAAAACGAGGACGACCAGUACAGGGACCACCAGAUGAACGUUUGGAUGGCAAGUCGCAUUAUAUGUCGAGGAGAGAAAAAGGAUCUAGUAAAUGUUUGGUGUGUCAUAAGAAGGGAUUGAGAAAGGAAACUAUAUACUUCUGCAAAACCUGUACUGCGAGGCCUGCGCUACAUCCUGACACAUGUUUUGAAGUGUAUCACACAUCUUCCACAUACUAGUAGGGUUAGAAUUACAUGAUAAGAUGGUGUACAUAAUAAGAAAGUAUACUAAUAAUUAGCAGUUUAUAAAACUUUUUAGUUUAAU